AUGGCGACCUGCGAGGAGCUGGAUCAGACUGUCACAGACCUGACAGACGACCUACACGCCAAGGACCAACAACGGCACGUAUUAGAAACCCGGCUGGCCGAGCUAGAGGCGGAGCUUGGCAGCAAGACGCAGUCGCUCGAGGACCAGGUGUUGGAGGCCAAGACGAACGCGUCGUCGCUCACGGCUAAGCUGGCGGACACGACGGCGGAGCUGCGCGCCUCCAACGGCCGCGUCGAGGACGUGACGGCUAAGGGCAAGGCGACACAGGAGCGCGAAGAAGUGCUGCAAGAAGAGGCGGCCUCUUUGCGAGAGCAGCUCUCCGAGCUCACCUCCACGGUCUCCGACAUCUCCGACCAGCUGCGAGAACGGGAGGCCCAGCUGGAAGAGGCCCAGGCCACGGCGGAGGAGCUCCAGGCGGAGCUCUCGGGCCUCCAGAAGAGCGUGGAAACUCUUUCAGCGAAGCUAGCGGAGGACGGGGCCGCCAGAAAGCGGGCGGAAACAAGCGCCGCUGAGAGGGAAGAGCGCCUGCGCGGGGAGCUGCAGGAGGCGAAGGACAAGGCGGCGGCGGCGGCGGCGGAGGUGGCGGCGGCCGCUGCGGCGGCGAGCAGCGGGCCCUUGGAAUCGCCCUCCCGCGGCCAGGACCCUGAGUUGACGGUGGUGGUCAGGUCAGACGGCGGCAAGACGACGUCGGAAGCGGCUGACGGAAGGAGCCAGAGAGAAGGGCAGAGCAGCGGAGAGCCCGCCGCCGGCCGAGGGAAUGAUAACAAGGCCUCCGGCACCGCCGCCGCCGGGGACAAGGAAGACGCGGUUGAUAUCGCCGCGACGGGCGAAAAGGAGGAGGCUGAAGCUGGCCGAGCUAACGAGAGCGAGCGAGAGCUGCAGGAACAGGUUGCGCGGCUGAAGAUUGCCCUCGAGGAGGCUCAGAAGCGGGCCGGGGGUGGGGGCCCCGCGGCUGGUAUCGACGGGAAGGAGUUGGCGGUGUCCUCGGCGCUGGAGAGCGGCGACGUGGACGCCUUGGAGACGGAGCUGCGUAGCUUGACGCAGCUGUACAGCAAGGAGAGAGGCAUGAACGCCUCCCUUCUCUCCAAGAUUAGAGCUCUGCGGGGCAACAUCGAGGUGAUAUGCCGCAUCCGUCCACCGACGGCUGAUGAAACGGCUUCCGGCGUUCCCAUGGCCUUGGAGGCCUUGGGAGAAGGCGAGAUAGGGGUUAAGACGUCCGGCCGUCACGGUGGGGGGGGUGGGGCAUCGUCUUGGCGGUCGUUUGCGCUCGACAAAGCGCUUGGGCCGUCCACGACUCAAGAAGAAGUGUUCCGACAGGUGGAGCCGCUUGCGCUGUCGGCAGCGGACGGCAUGAACGCGUGCAUCUUCGCCUACGGCCAGACCGGCUCGGGCAAGACGCACACCAUGAUCGGAGACGCCAAGGGGGGCGAGAUGGCCGGCAUCAGCUACCGCACCAUGAACAAGCUCUUCCAAGUCCUGGAGCUGAGGCAACGCCAGCAGCCCGACUACGUCUUCACGGUCAAGGUUGCCAUGCUAGAGAUAUACAACGAAGACGUGCGAGAUCUACUAUCGGACCCGCUACCCUCGGGAAGUGGCGGUGGCGGCGGCGGCGGCGGCGGCGGCAGCAGCACCGGCGGGGAUGGGGCGGUGGACGGGAGCAAGCUGGAAAUCAGGCGUGACCAGGAUGGCAUGGUGCAGGUGCCGGGGCUAACCCAGGUGGAAGUUGCUAGCGCCAAAGAGGUGCUGACCUUGCUUGAGCGAGGCGGCGGCGCGAGGGCCGUCGCGGCCACGGGGGUCCACGACGACUCUAGCCGGAGUCACAGCGUGCUGCUGGCGGAGGUGGCGUGCAGGGCGGGCCCUGACGCGUUGCCGGCUACGGGGAGGCUUUUCUUAGUCGACCUUGCCGGCAGCGAGCGGAUCAAGGUGUCCGGCGUGACAGGAGUUGGCCUGCGAGAGGCCACCAACAUCAACUCGAGCCUCAGCGCGCUUGGCGACGUGAUGCAGGCGCUGGACCAGAAGCAGAAGCACGUGCCCUACAGGAACUCCAAGCUAACCUUCUUGCUGCAGGACGCGCUUGGGGGUAACUCGCGGACGGCGAUGGUGGUGACGGUUUGCCCCACGACCCUUAACGUGGACGAGACGCUCUUCGCGCUGCAGUUCGCGACGAGGGCGAGGAACAUUAGCCUGGGACCGGCCCGCAAGAACGUCGGCGCUAAGAAUCUUCUCGAGGAAGGGAAGGACCUCCGGGCGAAGCUUAGGGAGGCCGGCCGGAAGAAGGAGCACGCGGAGGAGGCCUUGGCUACUCUCCAGAGAGAGCACGCCCGCUCGCAGCAGAAGAUGGGGGCGCUUUUGGAGUCGCGGGUGAAGAACGUGGGCGACCUUCGGCAGCAGCUGGAGUACCAGAUCAACUCCCUCAAGUCUCAGCUGGAAGCCUCACAGGCUACCGUGCUAGCGGAGAGGAGCAAGCGGGCGGCCCUUCAGGCGGAGACGGAAGAUAGCCAGCGCCAGCUCAAGCGCUCGAUGGCCAAAGUCACCGCUCUCGGCAGGGACCGCGAGGAGCGAGAGGCCAAGCUUCGCGCCAAGCAGGAGGAGGUGGGAGAACUCAAGGCGGAGCUCAGAAAAGCGGUGGCGGACGCCAAGAACGCCGAACGGCGGAUAAAUGUCGGCGGCGGCCGCGGCGGCGGCGGCGGCGGCGGCGGCGGAGGCAGCGGCGUGUCCUUCGGGUUCAAGCCCAAGGGCGGGGACAGUGGCAGUCUGGCCCCUGGGAAGGGGUCGCCCCACACCCCGUCCAGGAAACUAUCAGAGGCCAAGUAUCGGUACAACCGCCACAAGCAGAGCACGCCAGGGAGGAGGCCUCCUUCUUCCGGGGGAGAAGACGCCCCUUUCCUGACAGUGUCCCCGGGCCUUGCCGACACUUCCAUGUCAGUCAGCAGCAGCUCCGACGCGGUCACCGCCAGGAGCAGCACGGGUUCGUCCACCAGCGAGCAGCCGCUGCCCUCGUCAGCAAGGGCAGGGGCGGAAGCCAAGGCGGGUAGUGCGCCAGAACUAAACGGUGGGGGCGAAGCAGCAGCGGCAGAUGGAGGUGCGGCGGGCUCUAGCGGGGCGGAUGAUGUGGCCGACGCCAUCGCUCGAGCCACGGCCGUGUUCGCGGUGCCGGCGCCGAUCAAGGGGAAGUCUGCUGUUGCUGCUGGCGAGGCGGGCGACAACGUGUUCGCGAAGCCCUUGCCGAAGACCGCCAGCGGCGGCAGCGGCGGGAAAGGAGGUGGCACGGGCGGCGAUGGCAAGACGUUCGGGAGGACGGCUCGCGGAAGCAGCGCGGGCUCGACCCUGAUGAAGGGCACCGCUUCGUCGACCUCGCGCCUGAAGCUGAGCGUUUCCUCGGCGUUGGAGGAGAAUCGGAGCGGGUCCACGCCGCGCUCGGCUUCACGGCGACCAUCUACAGGCGUAACUCCAAGGUCAACUUCGACCCCGCGGGGCUUUGGGUCCGGCUCCUCUCGAGAAGCAGUCCCCCCAUCCCCUUCUAACUCGCGGCUUGCCCGCCCCAGCUCCUUCGCCGUUUCGGGGAGGCCCACGACGAAACCUAAGACCCCGCGCACACGGAGCUCGCUGUCCGGGCCGGUGGGCCCCGCGGCGGCCGCCGCCGCCGCUGCCGCCGCCGCCGCCGGUUCUAUUUCCAGCAGGAGAAGUACGGUGCAACCACCAUCCCCCGCGCAAGGCGGCGGUAGCGGCGUAGGCGCCUUAAGCUCUGCCAGGUCGAUUACCGGUGUCGGCGGUAGGAAGGGAUGGCUGGGUGAGAAGUCCCGAGGCAGCGUUUCGGGGGCAAGCGGCGGUAGAGGGUCAUCGGCGGUAACGCCGGGCGCGGGCACCGGCGGGGGUUCCGGCGUCGGUCAGAAGAAGGCGAGCGGCGGCGACGGGGAGCAGCUUUCAAGGGCGCAGAUCGCGUUGAACAGGCACCAGGCGCGGAUGGAUCGGAUCCGCGAGAAGCGCGAGGAGAGGAUGGGGAACAAAGAAUCGUCGUCUUGAGCGCUGUUUUUGCCUCCCUGCUGGGUUAAUACAUGUGAGCCCGACGGUGCCUUAGCUGUCGCUGGGUCGCACGCGUGUUGUGCGCUUUGUUUCGGCGGCACCAGUUGGGGGCUGACGCAAACAGGUGGGGGCGAACCCAAGCAUUUGCCAUGGCGGCGUGUGGUCAUAGAACGUCGCAUACCUACGAAGUUGAGACGCUGAGGAUCUAACUCGUGGCUGCUCGCACAGUACCAAGCGCCACCACCUUGAGGUGUCCGGCGAGUUGCAUGAAGGGUAACGGGCACCCCGCGAUUUUUUUGUUGGAACUCUUGUGCCUUCCUGAGCCCAUUUCCUUGCAGGUAGGUGCAUGGCAGCUUGUAAGUGCCCCUGUUCGUUCCUUCCUGAGUCCAUUUCCAUAGAAAGCAUUUUGCAACAUCCCGUCCCGUAGAUUUCUGAUCUGUUUAAGAGUACGUGGUUUGAUCUUCUCCUUUUCUACAAGAGGCAUUUCAUCACCAUUCGUGACUAUCACCAAAAGCCAUGGAGCAAGGAAAGAAGCGGUGGCCUGGUGUACCUUACCCGUGGGGCUUGUUUGCGGCGCCGUUGCCAACCGAAGGCAAUCUCCCGGUCGGGUUGAGUCAUUUUGAGCUACAGUGUAGGGACAGGGGGUUAAGAGUGGACGGGGCCGUCUGUUCGGGUGUAGUUUCGGUUAGUGGGCCGAUCCCCUAUUUGACGUCGUUUUCUGUUGUGGUUCAUGUCUAUCCGCCCUA